AACUGAGAUGAGAUGAGAAACAUCCUGGCCAUGAGUGAAGAAAAGUCCCAAGUGAAGAUCAAGUUUAUUACUAAGGAGGACGAGUCUCUCGCAGUUUCUGAGGCCCCCUUGUAUGUGCCUAUCAGUUUAAAAAGAUACGGGCUUUCUGAAGUGGUGAACCAUUUAUUGGCAAAUGAUAGCGAGUCUGAGAACCCCAUCCCAUUCGACUUUUUGAUUGAUGGGAAGUUGUUAAGAACGUCGUUGGAAGACUAUUUGACGAAGAAUGCCUUGAGCAGUGAGACGUUCUUGACGUUGGAAUAUACCCGCGCAGUUUUGCCUCCUUCGUACUUGGCUUCCUUUAACAAUAAUGACUGGAUUUCCUCGUUGGAUACCAUCAACUUUAGUGGAAAGUCCAAGAUCUUGUCAGGUGCGUAUGACGGGGUGGUCAGAAUCUACAACAUGUCAGGAGUUAUCGAAAAGCAGUUUACAGGUCACUCUGGUUCCAUCAGGGCCGUUCAGUGGGUUUCUCCCACCAGAGUGGUGAGCUGUGGAAAUGACAGACAAAUAAGAUUGUGGAAGAACAAAGAAGCAGGUGAAAUUGACGACAAAGCCGACGAUGAAGACCCGGAAGAAGGUACUACCAUUGCUAUCUUAGAAGGUCACAAAGGUCCCGUGGUAUCAUUAGCAGUUGACAGUAAAAUCAACAGAAUCCUAUCUGCUGGAUAUGAUGGAGAAGUGGGGUUCUGGUCCACCAACCACAAAGAAAUGGACAAAAUUCAGCCCUUGGACUAUGAUGCCAAUGUGCUUUCGUCAUCUUCCAAAAAGAGAAGAAAAAUGGCCGUUCAAGACUCGACUUUAAGAAGAAGAUCUCCAUUGUCGAUGCUCCAAAGUCACAAACAGCCAGUGGAAGGCAUUACUUUCGAUUUGACCGACUCCACGGUGGCCUACUCGGUUUCCCAAGACCAUACCAUCAAGACGUGGGAUUUGGUGACGUCCAGGUGUAUUGAUACCAGAGCCACCGGAUUCUCGUUACUCUCGGUGUUGCAUUUACCUACAAAGAGCUUAUUGGUGACCGGGUCAUCUGCUCGUCAUAUCAACUUACACGAUCCCAGAGUCAAAGAAAAUGACACGGAAUUGUCAGUCAGCAAGCUCGUAGGCCAUACCAACUUUGUGGUGGGGUUGAGUGGUUGUCCAUAUAAUGAUAACAUGUUUGCAUCUGCUUCGCACGACGGGUUGGUCAAAGUGUGGGAUGUGAGGUCUGUCGACCCGUUGUACACCAUUACCAGAAACGAACCAAAUUCCAAUAGCAAGAUAUUUGACGUGCGUUGGGACAACGAGAUCGGAAUCAUCAGUGGGGGUCUGGACAAGAAGUUGCAGAUCAACAAGGGAUCCAAUCUCAUGAAGUAGCGAUUCAUAGACGUAUAUAUAAAGCAGUAACUAUUUUUUUGAGCACC